UUACUAUCGAAUUUCGUUUUGUGUUUUCUGAAUUGGUUUUCAAAAGUAUAACAAAUUCUCUACAAAAAUGGAUAAAAGCAAAGAAAAAGAGGAACAGAGUAUCAUGGACAAAUCCAUGAGAUCUGUUUUCGUUGGAAAUAUACCCUACGAAGCCACUGAGGAGAAGUUGAAAGACAUAUUUAGUGAAGUCGGCCCCGUUUUAUCGUUUAAAUUGGUAUUUGAUCGUGAGACCGGCAAACCUAAAGGUUAUGGUUUCUGUGAAUACAAAGAUCAGGAAACCGCCCUUAGCGCUAUGAGAAAUCUCAAUGGAUAUGAAAUCGGUGGCCGUUCCCUCAGAGUUGACAAUGCUUGUACUGAGAAGUCGAGGAUGGAAAUGCAAGCACUUAUGCAAGGGCCACAAAUUGAAAAUCCUUAUGGCGAGCCCGUAGAACCUGAAAAAGCUCCUGAAGCUAUAAGUAAAGCAGUUGCAACAUUGCCACCAGAGCAGAUGUUUGAGCUGAUGAAACAAAUGAAACUCUGCAUACAGAAUAAUCCAACUGAAGCAAGAAAUAUGCUGCUACAAAAUCCACAAUUGGCAUAUGCUUUGUUACAAGCACAGGUCAUCAUGAGGAUUGUUGAUCCAGCCACUGCUGUUACCAUGCUGCAUCCUAGCAACCCAGUGCCACCGGUGCUGCAACCGGGAGAUAAGCCUCCAUCUAACCCUUACAUUCCAAGCAAUUCACAGGGACAACAGCCUCCAAUGUUAAACAAUCCACCACCUCCUCAAAAUCAAUAUGUUCCUACGAAUCGUCCGCCCAUGGCGAUGCAGCAGAACAUGGACGUGGACCUGCGCGGCUCCCGCGCGCCCGCGCCCGCGGCCGCGCUGUUGGACCAGGACAUGCGCAGCCUGCCGCCCAUGCCGCACCCCGUGCCGCCGCCGCCCGUGCAGCCGCCGCAGGACGGUUCAUUCCCUCGGGAUCCGCGUCUAGCGGGUAUGCAAGGAUUCAACAGCGACCCGCGCGUACGUUCCAACGAUCCGCGCAACCAGGCCAAGAUGCCCACUCAACAAAUGCCGCCGGGUAUGCCAAGCAUGGCCCAAGCAAGAACCAUACAAGGUAUUCCAUCCGGUGCCUCGGACCAAGAAAAGGCCGCCUUGAUUAUGCAAGUGUUGCAGUUGUCAGAUGAACAAAUAGCACUGCUUCCUCCUGAACAGCGCGCAAGUAUUCUUAUGCUCAAAGAACAAAUUGCAAAAAGUACUCAACAACGCUAAAACAAUGCAUUAUUUUAUCGAAGUGAAUGUAUUGAGAGUUUUGAUUUAAGCUAAAUAUAAUCCUAAGACUUGAAUUAAAUGGCUUUUUGACCUCGAAU